AUGACCAACAAAAUAGGAGAAGGACAUAUGAAUCCGCUAGAUGUAGGGGCAGUUCAGCAGGCUAUGCCACAGGGGAUAAUAGAACAUGGGGCCCAAACAUCAGAAGAAGUUCAACUGGCAACAGGCAGACCUCAAACGAACGAUCAACGCAAGGCACACAUGCGACUGGGAGAGUGGAAGAGGAUGCCCUUUGGCUUGUGCAACGCAACAGCCACUUUUCAAAGACUGAUGGCUCAUGCUUCGACCAGAGUGACGAAGAAGUACGGGAAUCGUGUGAUGUGCUACGUGGAUGACGUGGUCAUUGCAACACCAACCCUGGAAGACCACAUUGAUCGACUUGAUGCGGAUUUGAUUGCAUGA